AUGUCCAAUGCGAUCCUCGAGAUCAACUCGAAAUCCACUCAGCAACAGAUUCGCGAUGCUUAUAAAAAAGCAGCUCUCAAACAUCAUCCCGAUCGUGUCCCUGAAGGCGAUCCCCAGCGAUCUACCCGUACCAAGCGAUUUCAGCAAAUAAACGACGCCUACUACACCCUCUCCGACCCGACUCGACGCCGAGACUACGACUCCGCACGCGCCUUCCACGGUUUCUCCUCUGCUCCUGACCCCGCUGAGGAUACUCCACAAUCGCAACCAGGCGGUGGCUUCCCAUGGUCCUCCUUCGGUUUCGGCAGUGGGCGCGGCACAGCUCCCAGCGAGACUGAACACGAGACAUUCAGCAAUGAGCAAUUUGGUAACGCUUUCGAGGAGAUGCUACACGAGCAGGGUAUGGCAGAUGGCGAGAGCCGACCAACGGGCAAGUUCUGGAGCGUAGUGGGUGGACUGAGUGGGGGUGCGAUGGGUUUCAUCAUAGCAAAUUUUCCUGGUGCGGUUGCGGGUGCUGUGGCUGGCAACAGGCUAGGCGCUGUACGGGAUGCUCGGGGGAAGAGUGUAUACGCAGUGUUUCAAGAGCUGCCGCAGGCGGAUAAGGCACGGAUGUUGAGUGAUCUUGCAGCAAAGGUUUUUGCCCAUGCGGUGGGGUCAUAG